UGGUGGCCUGCAGUCUGGGUGGAGCUCGGGUGGCCCUGCGCUCGCGGAGGCGUGGCGGGCGCGGGGGGCGCGCGGGGAUGGGGGUCACUGUGGAGGUGCACCAGGUGUACAAGUACCCCUUCGAGCAGGUGGUCGCCAGCUUCCUCCGAAAGUAUCCCAACCCCAUGGACAAAAAUGUCAUCUCGGUAAACACCGUGGAGGAAAAAAGAGAUGUGUCAACAGGGAUCAUCUAUAGAAAGAGGAUUGCAAUCUGUCGGAAUGUGGUUCCAGAAAUUUUAAGGAAGGUGAGCAUUUUAAAGAUACCCGAUAUCCAGUUAGAAGAGGAAUCCUGGCUCAAUCCCCAGAAAAGAAGCAUGGCUAUCCAGAGUCAUUGCCUUACGUGGACACAGUAUGCAUCCAUGAAGGAAGAGUCUGUCUUCCGGGAAAGUAUGGAAAAUCCAAAUUGGACAGAGUUCAUUCAAAGAGGCAGGAUUUCAAUCACAGGGGCUGGCUUUCUGAACUGCAUUUUGGAAACUUUUGCCAGCACAUUCUUAAGACAGGGAGCCCAAAAGGGAAUUAGAAUAAUGGAGAUGCUGCUGAAGGAGCAGUGUGGUGCCCCCUCAGCUGAGUAAAGAACCAGCAGGGAGCUGUGUUGUGUCUACUUUUGCUCGAGAAUCACUUCUCGGACACAACAUAUCCAAGACUCAGUUUUCGAAAUGCACGUUUAAGGAUGCGGUAUUGGCAGCUUGAAGAAGAGGAGACUUGCCUGCCAGGACCUGAAAUGACACACCUCCCUGGGAGCCAGCCUCAAUGUGGCACUCAUGGAGAUAAGUCCUUCUAGCUGGAUUUUUAUGGCAUAGACUCUUCACGAUUUUACAAAUAAAGGGAAAACCCAAAGAAGAUGAUGUUGCCCUUCUUGAGGAUGUCCUGCUGAUUGCCUGGUGAUGGGUUUGGGUAGCCAGGGACAGGCUUGGACACUGGUGUUUGUGCUUUUAUGUGAUCUGCAUCAUUGCCCAUAGGAUUCAUGAGAGGAUUCUGGGACAAAUAAAGGAAUCGAACCUGAUACCUGAUUCACAGGUGGCCUGGAACAGACAGGAAUGUACCAGACCUGAGUUGAAGUGAAGGUACAUCUAUAGCUAUGAUGAAGAUUCUCAGAAAUCGGGAGCAUUGGAUUUAGACCCAUAAGUACUACAUAAUUGCCAUCAUUAUCGCUUUUAUAAUGUAACAUGUGAGCUGUGGAUUGGUUCGCUGAAAAAACAUUGGAUGGAGAAUGGGGAGGUUAUAUGUGCAUAGUCUUGGCUCCUACUAGUUCAUUCUGAGAUGUGGAGCAGCCAUAACCUCUCUGUUUUCACUGGGCAAGUGAGGAUAAUCGGACAUAGAUCUUACUACUUACUACCUGUGGGUUGUGAUGAUUAAACAAGGUAUUUAGUGUGAAAAGUAUGGGUUUGGGAGUCAGACAGACAGAUCUUGGUUGGAUUCCAAGCGCUACCACGCACUAGCUCACUAGAACACAAUUUUAAACCUUUAUGAAGCCCAAUUUUUUAAAAUUUGUAAAAUGGGAUGAUAGAAUUAACUUUGUGAAGUUGUUGGACCAAUUUGGAUCACAUAUAUAUGAAGUGCCUAGCAUUCCUGGUACAUAGGAGAAGUCUAUUAAAUAGGAGCCAUUUUUAUUAUGUGAAACUAUUUAGAAAAUGUACUUUUCAAAUGUAAUGUAAAGUAGUAUUACUGUUUGAAAAUUAGAUUACAGUAGUUUGCAUUUUCCAUGAUUGGAAGCCAAACUAUAAUGGAUACUACUAACUGAACGCUUGAAAAGAGGCAAAAUUUGGAAUUCAUCUUAACAUAAAAAUUGGUCCAUUAGUGGAAAGUUGUGGGGAAAUUGUUUUAUUUUUUUUAAUAUUUGAAAUAUUUUCUACUUAGUUCACUGAUGAAUUUCAAAGCAAUUGUAUUUUUCUUUUUAUACAAGCCUGCCACUGUGAGCCUCAUCUUAUUGUAUUUGAACUAUUUGUGCUGCCUAAGUUUUGUCUCGGGAUAAUUUCUUCUCGUUUCCUUAGUGUUUUAUUCUCUAAUUGUGUUUGAAGAAAAAUGAGGGGUAGAAACCAGAACACACUUUGACCUCCUUUUCCAUUUUGUAAAUGGCAUUUUGUAGGCCUUUGUAAUAAUUGCUCACUUCCAAAAAUAAGAGGUGAUGUGAAUUAUCACAGAGGUGAGAGGCAAGAAAUUUGUAUUUGAAGAUUGACAUUGAAAUAAAGUUAACCCUUUAUACUCAACAUUUUGCAUCCUUUGAAGGCAGGAGUUCUCAACCUUGGCUGUCCAUUAGUCUCACCGGGGGAGCGUUGUGCAGUCCUGACGCCCUGGUUACACCCCCGACCAAUAAAUCAGAGUCUCUGGGCAGAACCCAAGCAUCAGUGUUUCUUAAAGCUCUCUAGUUGAUUCGAAUGAGCAGCUAAGGAUGAGAACACAAUGAUGAUUUGCAGACAUCUGAUUUCUUUCUUACCACCUCUGAAGUAGGAAAGGAUCUUUGUAGUAAGAAAUGGAAAUAAUGAAGCACAGAGAGGCUGAAUUUUUGCCUGAAUUCCUUGAAGCUGGGGUGGCCAGUGCAAAUGCUUGCAGCAGGUCCGGCAGGUGAUCUGAUGAGUGAAGCAGGCUGGCGGCCACUGGGGAGACCCCGUGAGCAUGCGCCUGGAGCAAGGUGAUCAGCCGCUGCCCGGCUCCAGCACAGUGUUGCCAUGUGGCUGGUUUGGCUCGUUCUUCCAAUUUUCAAUCUUCCAGAAAAAGAGAGACUUAAGGGGAAAAAAAGAAAUCUGAUUUUUACAUGUUGGUGACAAAUUCAGAAUUGUUUAAAACACUGCGCUGGCCAAACAAAACAUGUUUGCUAGUAGUUUCCAGACUCCGCUUCAAGAGUAUAAAGGACCAGCCUAAACGUUCCAGCCAAUGUUGAAUAUUUGCAUCUCCCUAUUCUGGAUGUAAGCUGCCUUCUGUCACUCCUCCAAGCCUGCUUUUAGUAGACGUAUCUCCCUCCCAUUUCCCCAGAACUCUCUGGACUUGUAUCAGCCACUUUCCCUCACUCCUCUUGUCUCCUAUGGGCAUCCAUUGCUUCAGGCCUCACAUCUAUGGCUUAAGAAAUCUUAUGCUUUUAACAGAAUUAAUUAGGGCUUGUUAUUAGAGUUCAUUUUUAUUAUAUGUCAGAAUCCUUCUCCUGUGAUGAAACAUUUAGAAGUCCACAUUUAAUUUAAUAUUUUUAAUCCGUAGUCUAGUGUAAGAAAUGUCAAAACCAGGAAUGCAGCCUUACUGGGCACAUUAGGAACAUGGGUGGGAAAAGAUAAAUUCACAGACCUCGUCAGUCUUCCCCUUGAAGGUGAUGAUUUACUCCAGUGAGUCCUAGGCUUCCACUUGUCCCAGAAAUCCUUGGACCCUUGCGGGGGUGGAGGGUGCAAACGUGCGGGUGUCCAGGGCCUCCCCCUGUGAUUCUGACUCAUGCUAUUUCAGUAGGGCUGCGGGGUGGGAGGGGGGUGUUCUGUGUUUUAAAACAAGUUCCCCAGGACAGUUGAGAAACACUGCUUUAGCAGAGGUGUUUUUGGCUUCGCAUCUUUUAUCAUUUAAGAAGGUUUUGCAACCGUUGGGCCUGGUAGUCAUUACAUUUGAUCACUCAGGACACAAUAUAACGUUCUUAUGCAGAGAGAAGCUGACUUAAGCUAUCUCAACAUGAUUGAGGUGCUUUUACCAUGAAGAGGUUUUUAUGGUUUCGAUUAUAUAUGGAUUAAAAAAAAAACAAAAACCCGGUGCUAUAUUUGUCUUAUAGAAGUAGCAUAUGUGUGGUAAGAUCUCAUUUAUCAGACAUUGUGGGGGUGCAUGGUCUAGACAACUUAAGGUUGUCCUUAAAGUUGCUUGUCUUUGGGGCUUUAUUGCAACCAUUUCUUAAGUUAGUAUACACUUCCUUGCUUUUGCAAACCAGAAUCUACUGAAGACGAUGAAAUCUUUUCAGGGUCAUUAUUUGUGUUCUGAAUUCUUUCAGGUCCUUUUUAGCUUUGUUAAAGCCCCUAAUGGUCCUGCUCUGAGUUCCGCAGAUGUUAUAGUUUUUCUUUUCUCUCACUGUUAUUUAUCAUUACUCUCUGCCAAUACUCCGCCUGCCUCUAGGAACUUUCCUCUCAUGUGCUGUGUGGGAGUUGGGGAACCAUGGAACUGCAUACUGCAUGUCAGGUAAUGGUAGACAGGCUCUGAAGGAGGCUUUGAGAGGCGUUUCUGGCAGUUACAUGAAUGAGCAUUGCUGCAUUGACUUAGUGACAUUAUUUUAGUGACUCCACUACCUUCUUCUGACUCACUUCCUGAUCCUCAGCUGCCAUGUCAGGCCUGUGGCCACAACAUGAGUGAGAAGUUGCUACAAGUGGUUUCUCUUGAUUUUUAAUCUAUUGUGUCCCCCAAUCGUGCUAGUAUUUUUAUAUGUACAGUUCUAUGAUGUGAAACUUAGAUUAAGAUGCAAAUGAACAUUUCUCAGGCCAAGAUUUUGUGAAGGAUAAUAAAGUGUUUUUGAUUCAGUAUGGUUGUGAUUGGAGCUAUAAAUUAGUUGUCUACCUAUGAAAUUCGAUCCUGCAGUCAUUCUGAAAUAAAAGUGUUACAAGUCA